AUGACGACGCGCAAGAAUACAGAUGAUGUUCAGGGAUCAUACCUCGGUGCAAGCGAGCGCCGUCGCCGGAUGGGGAGCAGGAACGCCAAGGUCCUCGCGAUCGCAGUCACCUGCGUCGUGCUCGCGGCGGCAGAGGUCGGUCUCUACCUCUGCUUCCGCCUGUCGAGGCCGUUCUACCUCUCCACCGCCGCCGUCCUGGCGGUGACCGUCCUGUCAUUGCUUCUGCUGUUGCACUGCACGGCGGGGCGGGCGGAGCGCAUGGCCGCGCGGAGGGCGCUGGACGACGGCGAGGAGCUGCGCGUGGAGUACAGCUUCUUCCGCAAGGUGGCCGGGCUGCCGCGCAAGUUCUCCUUCCAGGCGCUGGCGGCGGCCACGGACGACUUCCAGUGCGUGGCCGGGCGGGGCUCGUCGGGGACGGUGUUCCGCGGCAUAUUAGACGAUGGAACCCAGGUGGCGGUGAAGCGGCUCGGCGCGGGCGCCGGCGCGGAGCACGCGGACAAGGAGUUCAAGGCGGAGGUGUCGGCCAUCGCCGGCGCGCAGCACGUGAACCUGGCCCGCCUCCUCGGCUUCUGCCUCGGCGCCCCGCGCUUCCUCGUCUACGAGUACAUGGAGAACGGCUCCCUCGACCGGUGGAUCUUCCCUUGCGCCAACGACCGCCGCGAGCGCAGCUGCCUGCCGUGGGCGCGGCGGUACCAGGUCGCCGUCGACGUCGCCAAGGCGCUCGCGUACCUGCACCACGACUGCCGCGCCAAGGUGAUGCACAUGGACGUGAAGCCGGAGAACAUCCUCCUGGACGACGGCUUCCGGGGCAUCCUGUCGGACUUCGGGCUGUCGACGCUGGCGGGGAAGGAGCAGAGCCGGGUGGUGACGACGGUGCGCGGCACGGCGGGGUACCUGGCGCCGGAGUGGCUCCUGGGCACUGGCGUCACGGAGAAGUCCGACGUGUACAGCUACGGGAUGGUGCUGCUGGAGAUGGUGGCCGGACGCCGGUGCCUCCGGGCGGAGGAGGACGGUCGGUGGUCAUACCUGCCCAAGAUCGCCGGGGAGAUGGCGCGGGAGGGGCGUCUGAUGGAGGUGGUGGACCGGAGGCUUGGAGAUGAGGUGGAGGAGGCGGCGGUGCGGCGGGCGGUGCACGUGGCGCUGUGGUGCGCGCAGGAGAGGGCCGGGGCGCGGCCGAGCAUGACACGGGUGGUGGAGAUGCUGGAGGGGAGAGGCGUGGGAGAGGUGGAGGCGCCGCCGCCGGCGGACACGAUCAUGGUGGACCUGCUGGCGCUCGACGACCACGCGCGCGGCGUUGGGGCGUUCGGCAUGGCAGCGAGGGCCGCCGGGAGGGCCGGCGUGUCGUCGUCGGUGCUGAGCAAGGGCGACUCGUUCGCGCUGUCCUACCUGUCAGGGCGAUAG